UUAUAAUUAAUAUUAUUGCAAGCGCAUUUUAUUAUCUUUUGAGACUAUGAAGCAUUUGCAAUUUGUGCUUGUGCUGGCCAUCGCGGUCAACGUGUGGGAAUGUGGGGACGCAAAGUUUGGCGAGAGAGGAGAAAUGAGCCCCAGGAGAAGAAGAUGUUACGACGGAAGCUUGCCCAAGCGGCUGAAGAAAAGGGAGCGAAAACUGUUGCUUGACGGCAGCAGCGGAGGAGAAGUUUGCCACAGGCUGUAUCCUCGCGUAUCCUGCUGCCCCACCAGGAGAGCCGCCUAUCAGAUCCUGCACCGCAGGGAUCCCAGGAUUUUCUCCACCAACAAUACAGAAUGUGGACGUCUCCUGGAGGAGAUCAAGUGUGCUCGCUGCUCCCCCAAUGCCCAGGUGUUGUUCCACUCCUUGGACAUGGAUAAGAUGCCACACAGGGAGCCAGACCUGCCACGGCUCUGCCAGAACUUCUGCCGCGAGUUCUACUACACCUGCAGGGGGCACAUACCAGAACUGUUCCAAGCCGAUGUGGAUGAGUUCUGCCAAUACUAUGGGAGGAGAGAUGCCAGUUUGUGUUUUCCAGAUUUUCAACGAAAGCAAUCACAUCAUCAGGAUUCUAACUACUUGGGAGAUGAGAAAAUAGAAGAAAUCAGCAGGAAACACAAACACAACUGCUACUGUGCCCAGGAGGUGUUGAGUGGUCUAAGGCAGCCGGUGGCUGUGGUGCACUGUGGAGAUGGUUCCCAGCGGCUCUUUGUCCUUGAGAGGGAGGGAAUUGUCAGGAUACUCAACCAUAACCUCGAGCUAAUUAAGGAGCCUUUCUUGGACAUCCACAAGAUAGUGCAGAGCGGCUUGAAGGGCGGAGAUGAAAGGGGCCUGCUAAGCUUGGCAUUCCACCCCAAUUAUAAGAAGAAUGGCAAGCUCUACGUCUCCUACACCACCAACCAAGAGCGCUGGGCCAUCGGACCACACGACCACAUUCUCCGUGUAGUUGAAUACACCGUUUCGAGGAAAAACCCAAACCAGGUAGACACAAGGACAGUCCGAGUACUAAUGGAAGUGGCGGAGCUGCAUAGGAAGCACCUUGGGGGCCAACUUCUUUUUAGUCCUGAUGGUCUGUUGCACAUCAUCCUGGGAGAUGGCAUGAUCACUUUGGAUGAUAUGGAAGAAAUGGAUGGACUGAGUGAUUUCACGGGGUCUGUGCUAAGGGUCGACAUAGACACAGAUAGUUGUGCUUCUCCAUAUUCCAUACCACGGAGCAAUCCUUACUUCAACAGCACCAACCAGCCACCUGAAAUCUUUGCACAUGGCUUACAUGAUCCAGGCAGGUGUGCAGUAGAUCGACUUCAGUCAGACAAUGGGAGUCUUGUAAUCCUCUGUACAGAUGCCAGUGGCAGAAACACAACAGCAGGAAGAAUACUGGAAAUUACUAAGGGGGGCGAUUAUGAAAAUGAGCCCUCUGCCUAUGACCUGCAUUCCAGUGGUGGAGCACCACCUGUGGGGGGUUUCAUCUACAGGGGCUGUCAGUCUAGGAGACUUUAUGGCAGUUAUGUCUUUGGAGAUAAAAAUGGUAACCUUCGCAUCCUUCAGAAGUCUACAUCUUCCACAUCAGCGAGUGGUGAAGAGUGGCAGGAAAAAGCUCUGUGCCUGGGCUCAGCUGACUCCUGUGGCACUAUGCUUAUUGGACACAUCUUGGGUUUUGGAGAGGAUGAACUGGGUGAAGUCUACAUACUUGCAAGUAGUAAAAGCAUGGUGCAGUCACACAGUGGGAAACUCUACAAGCUGGUGGACCCGAAAAGGCCUUACACCCCUAAGGAGUGCCAGCAUCAGGUGGAGCCACCGGAGCUGCUGAUGACAGCUUGUUCCAGACACUGUAAGAACGGCCGCUGUACUCCCACCGGCAAAUGCUGCUGCAACCCCAGCUGGGAAGGACAAUUCUGCCGAGUCGCCAAAUGUGAACCAGCCUGCCGCAAUGGAGGAGUCUGCGUGGAGCCCAACAAGUGCCUGUGUAAGAGUGGCUACUCCGGCAACCAGUGUGAGAAGAGCGAGCGGGGUAUGCCCAACGACCAGGAGAACGGCGGGAUAGUGGACCACAUCAUCGACAUGACCUCGUACCUCUUAGACCUGACCAAGUACGUCGUAUAGUGGUGUGCGGAGGGGGCCGCUCCCCAUCAUCCAUCCUCAAGUCUACACACAUCUACCUUUCGCCCUCAAAAGACUCUUAAAGAGGUUUGCUAAAUGUGGCCCCUUAAUUUCCCCUCACAUUCUCACGGGCAAGCGCGCACACACACACACACACACACA